CAACAAUCGCGAUUGAUUAACUGGAUUGGCUUCUCGUAUUAAAAAGAGCGUUCGCCACCAUUCGGCCGUUCAUUCACAGUUUCGGGAGCGGUCCGGGAAUCGGUUUCUUGCCCCUCAAAAGCAGUGAUAUACUGAUCGACGUUCGUCGCUACUUGCUACGCAAUUGGUUUGUCGGUGAUAAGCAUCACAAGUCGAACCAAUCGAACCAGCGGGUGUGUUGAACGCAUACAGAGCAGUUACAUCAGAAGUCGUGCCAGAGAAAGUGAUAGGAAUAGAAUCCUGUGAGAACAGUGCACAGUGUCAGUAUAGAAAUAGUGUUGAUAGAAUCUUGACGUUUGGACGUAAAUUACUGGUGGUGGUCUGAGGCCAUCGGAGGGUAGUGCGUCUAGCAGAGCGAUUGAAAAGCACCAAUCAGACAAUUAAACGCGGAGGAAGCAUCAGUCCGCCGAAACGCUAGGAGUCGUCGCGUGUACUUCAGGAACCUAACGUCACACACAAACCUAGCUAGGGAUGACAUCCUUUACGAAUAGGAGGGAGGAAUUUUUCAUUUUUCCCGUCACACAUGUCGCCCGGUGGAUGCCGGUCGGGUUGGCAGUGUUGCUGGUUGCCGCACUGGCAGCGCCCGUUGGUGCCGCACCGUUCGAUUUUGGAUUUGGCUCGAACUUCUCGUCAGACUCGAUGACGGAUUUCAGUGCACGGCAGGAUGAUUUACUUCCAUUUCUGACAGCGGACCAGGAUGAUCUUCUAGCGAAUCGUGUCGGUACCGUCAUCGGUGCCUUUGGCAACACACUCUCCCAGCUACUGUUCGGCACGAAUGACGUCAGUACGGAUGUAACGUUUUGGUGUGCAACGACUAAUCGACCGGAGUACGUGCAGGCGUACGUAGACGAUCCACGCAUCACGCAGAAGGUGGACCCAUCGAAACCGAUCGUGUUUCUUACGCACGGCUGGACGGACAAUGUGAACCGGACCUGGGUGAAGCAAACGGUCGCUGACUAUGUGCGGCUGAUCGGUGGCAACAUCUGUGCGGUGGACUGGAGUCCGCUCGCGCUGGUCGAGUACAAUUUGGCCGCCCGUAACACACCGAAGGUGGGCCGUUUCUUGGGCAAAUUCGUGCAGUUCCUGCUGACGAAAGGUUUCAGCAUCAAUCAGGUAACGCUGGUCGGACACAGUAUGGGUGCGCACAUUUCGGGCAUUGCCGGCGCCUAUCUGGGCGGCCAGGUGCCGAGCGUGAUUGGGCUAGAUCCGGCAGGGCCAGCAUUCACCAAACCGAUCCCGGUGUCGACGGAUCGACGGUUGGACCGGACGGACGGACGGUUCGUGCAGGCGAUCCACACGGACAAAAACAUUAUCGGUACGACGAUGAACCUCGGGCACCAAGAUUACUACGCGAACAGUGGUGCGAGUCCGCAGCCGGGAUGCGAAUUUCCACUGGUGAACAACGAUACUACGAAAUCGUACCUUCAAUUCAUCUGCAGUCACUUUAAAGCCGUCGAAUAUUUCCGCGCAUCGCUCGAUCGGCAGAACAUUUUCGAAGGAACGGCCUGCUCCUCCUACUAUAACUACAAGCGGAACGACUGUUCUGCCGGUACCAAAGAUGACUUCGGUCUUUUCAAUAACAAAACAGCGUCUGGUUCCUUAUUUAUUGCAAUCGACAAAACUGUCUAUCCGUAUGCAAGGACAGUAGCUAGGAAUGCAGGAAAAUAAAUUCGCCGUCUCUGUUGCAAACAGAUGAAAAAA